GCGCGCAGAAGUAAAUCAGGUCUACAAUGGUGAAGCGAUGUGUUGCGGCUGGCUGUUCUAACUCACACAGCGACCAAGUCAGCUUGUUUUCUUUCCCACAAGACCCAGUUCUUCGAAAGCGAUGGACAGAAGCAGUACAGAGGACUAGAGACAAAUGGAAUGGGCCUUCACGGUAUUCGGUUCUAUGCAGCGACCACUUUACAGAGGACUGUUUUGAAACCGAUCAUCUUUUGGCCUCAUCGUUUGGCAUCGCCAGGCGAGCACGCCUGAAGCCAGACGUCGUUCCAACGCAUUUUGUCAGAGCGAAUUUGAGAACAGGCGCCUCUGGAUCGUCAGCUAUGUCUUUGGAACGAACACGGAAACGAACGUCCACUGGCGGUGAGAGUGAGUUGACAAGCAAGAGGGGAGCAUAUGAGAAGAGACAAAGAGCUAGGGUAUGUAGCUAUUGUGUAACGUCGUAUUGACAAUUGAUAGAAGUGUUGCAUUGUGAAUGCACCUCAA